UAAUUGUUGAUGGUACUGAUAUUGAAAAACGUUUUGAAAUAAUUCUUAAUUAUAUCAAGAAUUAUUGUACAUCAUCAACCAGUUGGUCUUCAACGAAUUGGCGAAAACCAGCAAAUAAAGAUAUAUUAAAAAUCGCUUUAAUACUUAUUUUUCUUGGAUUAGGAAACCGCGAGAUUUAUUUUCACAUGCAUCAAAUGGAUAAAACAUUGCUUCUUCGACUUCAUCACCCAGGACGAGCAUUACGACACUCGUAA